GUUUUGGCGGUAAAACAUUGAUCAAGGAGAAUAAACAUAUACAAGACGGGGUCCACGUUUUUUUUCAUAUUUGUGUCAUACAUGGUUGAUAAGAUUUGGAGAAAAUGAUUUUUAGAACUGUCCAAAGGGCUACCCGGCAUUACGUCUUCCGACGAUACAUCUACUGUUUAAGUACUCGUUCGAUUUGUAAUAUUCCGUCAAUUCACCAGGAAAUCAACAGAAAAUACAGUAAAAUGCCUACGUACCAAAUCGAAGAGAAAGGUUCACCCAAUACGAUGGAUUACAAAUUGUAUAUAAGUGAGUCAAUAAAUUAUGAAGUUUUUUAAAAGUGUGAAUGUAAUUUGUCUUUAUUUUUGCAUAUUCCAUUUGACUAGGUUUUGAAAAUUGUCUGUUCUUUUUUUUUUUGAUGUUUAAAGGUCAUUACGAAUAUGACCUUUGCACUAAUAUGAACUGAGACGACUUGUUGGAUUCUCUAUUGUACUCUGCAUCAAAUCUAUUUAGGUAUUUACAUGCCUCAGUACUUUAUGGUUUGUUUGUGACAACAAGUGACUUGGAAAUUACAGAAAUGUAAUCAGUAAAAUCUGUUAUAAAUCUAGUGUCAUAUUAUGGUCUUCCUUUGAUAUUUAAAUAUUAUAAUUUCAAAUUAAAAUCUUACUUUUAUAACUUUUUAAAACCUACUUUUAUUGUUUAAUGAAAAGUUUACAAUCAUUUCAAUUUUUAAACAUACUUCCUAUUAUAGGAAUUAACCCAUUAUUAGGUAGAUAGCAAAUUAUUAAUAAGGCUCAAAAUUGAUUGAUUUUGCAAAUUUGUUUGCUUUAAGAAAUGGGAUUUAUUGCCGAGUUAAAUAUAGGUACAUUCAAUCAUUAAGAAUCAUUAAAAAUAAAAACAUUUUUGGGGCAUUUUUGUUUUCAAAAUUAUUUUUGUAAACAUUAAGAUUUUAUUGCAAUGUUCAUGUAUAUUUUGCAUCUUUUAGAAUCUUGGUAAAUUGUUCAAAAUUAUUAUUUUUUUAUUCAAAUUAAUAUUUUUAAGUAUAGGUGUAUAGGUAAUAUUUAGACAGAUUUUUUUCAAUUAAUUUCUUAACUAUUUUAAGAUAAAUUUUGAAUGUUUAUUGCAUUUUGUUUAACAUACAGUUAAUUAGUUAAUAAUAGUUAAUUAAUUAUUUAAAUGACAACUACUGAAGGUUCCUAUUCAUUCAACAAAUUAUGAAAUAUUAAUUAAAAUGAUGAUUUUUAUAUUGAUAUAAUAUGGUAUCUACAUAGUGUCGUUAAUAUAAAACUAUGUAGUAAGUUAGACCAGGUUACUUUGAAAAUAUUGUGCAAACAGAUUUCUCACUACUAUCAGUUAAAACUAAAAAAAAAGUUACCUGUUAAUUUUCACUCAUGUCUCAGUUAGUAUACAAUUUUCUUUAGACAAUUAUUUAUAAUUUUCAAAAGUGUCAACAUGGUAUAAAAUUACAUUAAAUCUUGAAUAUCGUGAGCGUUUUUAUAAAAAAUAUAUAUGUAUAUGCAAGGAUUCUUGGCUUUACAGUUAUUAAUUUCAUUUAUUAAAAGUAGUUGUGUAUUUUAUUUACUGUUGAAUGCAUAAAUAGCUGCACAAAAUCUUAAAAUGUAAAAAGAUAUUAGAAAUUAAUAUAUAAACAAUCAAUGUGCACUGAAUUCUGUGUGCUUAAUUCAAUGGUAUAAUCAAAACUUAUCUAUCAUAUUUACUUUUGAAGUUAUUGUACAUAAAGCAUUUUGGGUGCACCUAUAGACCUGGCGAGGUCACUCGAUUUCUGCGCUCGCUCAGAUUGUUUAAUCGAAAACAACUCUUAAUUUGUUGCGCAAAACUACGUCGGGUAGGUAAUAGGGAAAACUAAACCAGAUAGACUUAUUGAGACUUUAAUAAAAAAAAAAACUUUGUUAUCAAAAUAUCAAUUAAUACAAAUCAUAAUAAUAUUUAAAAAAAAUGUCUAUUUUCGACCACAUUUUGGAUUAAUUCCAAAAAUAUUUUUUUGAAAUGUAUGUACAAUAACUUCAAAAGUAAGUAUGAUAGGUAAGUUUUGAGCCCUAAACUAGAUUUAUACCCUAAAAAUAAUCCUAAUUUUAGUUUUUUUUUUUUUUUUUUAAAUAAACAUCCUAUUGGAGUAUAAACCGGCUUAUAAAAAGUUCUGUGCAAUAUUUUUAUGAGUAGAUGCUUAAAUUCUAAUUAUAUGUUAGGUAAGUUUUUAAAUAUAAGUUAAAUAAAAGUUUUUAAGUACCUAAUAGUUCGAAUUCCCAAAUUACUCUGAAAAUAAAAAAAUAACCAAAAUAUAAAUCUAAUCAAGAAUUUAAUUUUGAAUUUUUUGAUGUAUACUAAAUUAUUAGGACUUUAAUAGUUUUAAAAAAUGUAUAGGUACAAUACUGUCAAUAUAGUUUGUCAAAAACAAUAGCAUUCCUACCCAAGGUGUGUCUUAAUUUAUAUUCUUUGUUUAAUAGAAAUAGGUAGGUAAUAAUUGUGUGUUAUUUAUAUUAGCCUAGAUAUCUUAAAAUUAAAUCAAUAUUUAAUUACUAAGUUAAUAAUUUUUAUUACAGUUGUAUUAUAUGUACUCGUUAAAUAAAUACAACAUGCAAUUUAUUUUAAAUAAUAUUACUAAAAUUAUAUUAAUAGUAAUAUGUUUAUUAUAGUAUAUUGGUCAAAAUAUACAUUUAAAUAAAUACACGAUAGAUUAAUAAUAUUAUGUCUUCCCAUAUCUCCAAAAAUCCAUUUUGCUGGUAUCCCAAUUCGCCAACCAUCUUCUUUCCUAAAUUAUGAUCUGCAUUGCUUAAAUUAAUAAUCAAAUAUAACAAUUUACACAUUAAAAAAUUUAAAUGAAAUAAAAUCGUAAGUAUAAUAUUAGGUAAAACUCAAUAUUUAAUUUAAAAUCUAAAUAAACAGUUACUAUGGCUACAUACAUACAGAUUUAUAUUAAAUAUUGUUUAAUUAUGUACUAAAUGGGAAACUAUUAUACAAUAUAAUUAAUGCUAUGCAAUUAUAAUGCAAUAUAAUAAACAAUGUAUAUAAAUGCUCAAGAUUGGAUUAUGCGAAGAGACAAUAUCUUUCAACAAAAUAUUUUUUAAUGCACACGGUCAAAUAUAAGUUCAUAAAAUAAAAUAAUUUUACUAGUAAAUUAUAAAAUAAAAUAAUUUUGCUAAUAAAUUAUAAAAUAAAAAUGUUGUUAAUUUCAUAUCACAAACAAUUAUAAAUGAUAAAUCUAUAGUAAAUGUUGAAGUGGUAUUUGAAUAAUGAAUAAAAAUGUAAUAAAGUUUGAAAAUUAAAAUGGGAGUUGUGAACUGCAUUGUAUGUGGAAUCUUGUAAUAAUAGAAGAAAAUAAGGAAAACAAAUUGUAAAGUAUUAAUCUUUAAUAACUAAUCCAGCCUGAUAAAAUAUGUGUAAAUAUGUAUUGUUUAAAAUAUAAUAUUAAUUAUUAAUGUAUUGGUUUCAUUAUUAUGUAUAGUACUUGUAUGGUACAAAAUUAUACAAUUAUGUAAAACCGUAAAAUAUAGUUGCACAACUUUUUUUAGUUUGAGUUACAUAAAGUGUUUAACGUUUCAGGGUCUAAUUAAUCCUUAGUACAAUAUUGUAAAUUCUGCGUGGGUUCAUCUACUAUUUGAAGAAAAAGCUAAUCUGUAAAACUGAUUCAUCAUAAUUAUUAUCAUAAUAGUUUUUGAUAGUAUAACUUAUGUUUGAAUAUAUUUUAAUUAGAAAUAUUAAGUUGUAUUUAUUCUUUAAAUCCAUCAUAGCGUUUUCCUUUGGUUAAAAAUGCUUUUACCUUUUUUUUUUUUUUUUUUUUUUUUUACAGAAAAUGAAAAUGGAAUAGUUUCACCAUUCCAUGAUAUUCCUCUACUAGCUGAUAGCACUGGUAAAGUUUUUAACAUGGUAGUUGAAAUUCCUAGAUGGACAAAUGCAAAAAUGGAGGUUAGAUACAGAUAUCAUCUGAUUUUAAAAGUAUACCUAUUUUAUAUUAUUUAUUUAAACAAUUUUUUUCUAGAUCAACACAACAUCACCUUUGAACCCGAUAAAACAAGAUACAAAAAAAGGUAAACUACGUUUUGUACCAAAUGUAUUUCCUCAUAAAGGUUACAUAUGGAACUAUGGUGCGUUUCCUCAAACUUGGGAAAAUCCAGAUGUGUUAGAUGAACACACAGGAUGCAAAGGUGAUAACGAUCCUUUAGAUGUACUCGAAAUUGGAUAUAAAGUAAGCUAUACAGUUUUCAUUUAAAUGUUUUUAAAUAAUUUUUUUUAGAUUCUCAGUGGAGCAAUAAAUGUUUUAAUGAUUUUGCUAUGAUUGUGCUAAUUUUAUGUAAUUUAUUUUCCGGAAAUCUCAUUUCAUUAAAAAAAUAACAUGACCUUUUCUGUUAUAUUUUGGAUCUAGUUGAUGUAUUGAAAUGAUGAUUUUUUUGAUUUUCAUAAUAAUUUGGUAAAAAAAAACCUAAAGGGAGAAAUUUACAGUGUAAUGAUAUGGUUAUUUUAAUUUUUUUUUGGUUUUUGUUUAAUAUUAGAUAUCUUGCUCCAAAUUCUAAAAGAAAAUUUUGUCUAGUUGUGCAGUAGAAUGACUGUUUUUGAUUUUUUUGUAGUUUUUUUAAUAGUUGUCAUAAAACUGGAAAGUUUAUGUCAUUAAUAGUUUCAUUAUUUUAGAUUUUGCUCUUUGUUCUAAUUUGGUUAAAAAUAAUCACAGAAACCUGAAAUUUGUACAGAAUACUUAUAUUGCCAAUGCCUUUUCAAAACUUUGUACUUUGAUCUAAUUUUUAACUUAGUGUGAAAAAUAAAAAUUGAGCUUUAUGUAUUUUUGUGUAUGAGUUAUAUAAGAUCAAAUUUUGAAAUCUUAAAAAUUAUGGCAUUUCAAACUUGUCUAACUGAAGUUUACUCAGAAUUAUUUUUUAUUAGAAAUGGUUGAAUAAAGAUUGAAAUUAAAUAAUUUUAUGUAAUCGUUUCCAUCUUCUAACCUACAACAUGGUCACACCCAUAAGCAGUAUCAGCUCAAUUUAAAAUAUUAUUUUUAAUUUUUUCAGGUUGCUAAACGGGGUGAAGUACUUAAAGUUAAGGUGUUGGGAACUGUUGCAUUGAUUGAUGAAAGCAAGUAUCUUAUUAUUCUUAUUACAUUAAAUAAGUUUAUGUACUACAUAUUUUUAAAUUUUUGUUAAAUUAAGACUUAUUAAGACUAAAAAAUUGGUUCAUUGGUGGUCCCCAGAGAUAGGUACCCUUAGAAAAACCAAAAUUUACUUAUGAAGGGUUUACUAAAGGAAGUUGAAAAAACAAUGACUAGAUGGUUCCCAAAUCGAGAGAGACGAAAUGAAAGUUGCACGGCGGAAUCUGCAAGGCAAUAAAGUACGCCAAAGAAAAAUCAUGGAAGGAGUUUUGUAAAAAAGUAGAAAAAGACUGAUGAGGUUAUCUACCAUACUGACUGAAAACAGGUAAGCUUAUUAAGAACAAGCCAGGAAGGGUGGAACAAAUCACUGUCCCCAAUGCACCUCACUAGAGUACAAAUGAAAUGUGAACUAGAAGGAGCAGCCCCAUACAUCACAACAGAAAAGAUAUAAGAUGUGGCAUUGCAACCAAGAAGGCACUAAGACUGGUUGGCAUACCAACAGAGAUCCUGAAAAAUCAGCUCGAAAAAAAUCUCAAAAUAAUAACAGACGUAUUUAAGAAAUGCAUUGACCAGAGGAAAUCACCAACUUCUUGGAAGAUAGCAAGACUGGUGCUAUUAAGAAAAUAAAACAAACCGCUAGAAAAUCAGUCGUUCUACUGAUCCUAUCAACACCAUUUAGGGAAGUUACUGAAAAAAGUGUUGGACAAACGAAUAAAAAAACAUCUCAAAGAACAGGAAGCUUUAGCACUCAACCAAUUCGGUUUCAGAAGGCACAGAUUCAUAAUUUCACUCUUAAAAUUUUUUCUUUUAGGCAAGUCAAAAUAGGAUAAGUUAAGCUCUUUGUUGUAUGCCGAAGAUAAAAUAUAACAGGUUCAGGGACUCUUGUAAAGCGAUAUUUUAAGGGCAUGGCUGGAGGAGCCUGUCCUCCAUUCACCUGCGGACAACUUGUAAUUGUAUUUGUUAAAUUCAAUAAAUAAUGAUUUUUUUUGGGGGGGGGGGGAAUCAUCAAGGAUAGAUCCUCUGCUUAGUUCUGAUCUAACAUGACUUAUUAAAUCAAGGUUUAUUAUUAAUUAAAGUUUAAUUUACAGAUGAAACAGAUUGGAAAGUACUUGCCAUUGAUGUAAAUGAUCCUCUUGCACCUGUAAUCAAUGGUAAAUUUAAAAAUGUUUUAAACAAAAAAAUUCAUUAGUUAAAUUAUCAGAAUUUUUUAAGCAACUAUGCAUUUCAUUAAAUAUUAAAAGUAUAAUAUAAGGUUAUACAGUGAUACAGGUUAACCAAAAAUAAAGAAAUUCAAAUAUUUUUUAAAUAAACUUUUAAAUGUAAAUGUAUAUUUUAUUUUGUAAUACAUAUGUAUUAAAAAAAUUUCAAAAUAUCUUAAAAUGUUUAUAAACAAUAUAUUAAUAUUUUUAUUUAUUUAUUUUUGUUUAACCUAUUAUAUAUAAAACUGAGGUUUUUAUUUAUGUUUUUAAUGUUCAAUGAAAUGUAUUAUUUUUACUGUUAUAUAGCUAUAUAUAUUUAAAGCUUUAAAAAAUACAAUAUUUCUUUUAAUAAAAUUAUUGAUUUUAUUACUAGACAUAAAAGAUAUUGAAAAACAUUUUCCCGGUUUAUUAAAAGCCACCAUCGAGUGGUUAAAGAUCUACAAGAUUCCAGACGGUAAACCUGAAAACAAGUUUGCAUUUGGUGGUGAACCCAAAAGUGCUGAAUUUGCCCUGAAAAUUGUUAGUGAUGCACAUGAAUAUUGGAAAGGUUUGAUACUAAAAGAAAACACAGAUGGUAUAUCUUGGUGUGUACAAGUUUGAAACAAUUUGUGUUUGUGUUUAUAUUAUUUUAUUUAUUACUGUCAACGAUUGAUUUUAGUGUGAACACUGCUUUAAACAAUUGUUCCACUAUUGACAAUGAAAAAGUCCAAGCUAUAUUAUCAGAAAGUUUGCCGCUGUCUGAUCCAAGUCCAUUAUUACCAGAAGGUAAAUUGUAAUAAUGUAAUUGAUAAUGACCUCACGAAAAUAUACCCAUUGUAAUAUGUACGGAGAUAAUAAAAAUAAUAAAAUUCUGUUUUGCUGUAUACUACUCACAUGGAUAAGGACUAAACAUGUUUAUAUUUUAGUUAAUUUUUUAUGUUUUUAUAAAAAAAAAAAAAACAUUAUCUUAUUAUUUUUGAAAUAUUUGAAAAUGGCCAUGUUAUAGGGUUUAUUGUUUGACCAAUUUUGACGUUUCACUUUUUAUUUUCAUUAAACCCGUGAUUUUUUAAAUUUCAGGGAAAAGUACCUAUAAUUAUACUACAGGCUGUAAUCGCAUUCAUUAAUUUAUUAUUAUUAUGGCUAAUUGACUGUGAAAUUGUUUCCACUGAAUUUUAAAAAAUAUUAAGAAUCCCAAUUCAAUGAAUAUAUAAAAGUUUAAUACGUUAAAAUUAUAAAAAAAAAUAACUUUAUACAAUCUAUAUCUUUAAAUUUCUACCAAAAUAUAUUCUAAUAAAUUGAAAUUUAAAUAUUUGAAUUUUUAAUCCAUAUGAAUAAUAUAAAAAAAAUAGAAUUUGAUUAUCUUUAUUAUCUCUUGAGAUAAUACAAUGGGAAUUAUGAGUUCAGAUAGUUUUAUACAAAAAAUAAAGUUAUUUUUAAGUAUGAAUGAAUAAUUAUAAUUUUAUAAAUUUAUUACAAUUUAAAAAAUUCAUUUUCAGUAUAAAUUCUUGACUCAUUAAUCCAAAAUAUAAUUCUCUAUUAGAUAGUUUUGGUUAUUGUAACUUAAAUUUCAAUGAAUUAUUUAUAGUCUUUAAAUGAGCUAAAUUCGUAUGCAAAUUUUUUCAUUUAGUUAAUUUCAUAGACCUUUUUUUAUUUUUUCAUUGUCUGCCAUUUUUUUAAUUUUUUUUUGUUUGUGUCAACAUGUUUUAUACAUUAUAAAAGAAACUUAAAAUUAUGAAAAAAUUUAGUUAUUUAGUUUUUGUAUGCAAUUUUAAGAACUCUUAAAUUUAAUUAAAUAAAGAAAAUCAAAUAAUUUAUAAUAAUGUUGUGGUGAUUUUUACAGUUGAUGUAUGGUUCUUCGUAAAAUCAAACACAUUGACGUUUAAAUUGUAGUUAAAUUCUUUUUAAAAUUAUUUAUAUUGUAAACCAAAAUUUUCAUGUUAAUAUAAUUAUUUUUGUUGCAGUUGAUAAAUGGCAUUUUGUGAAGUUAUAAAAUAUUUAUUCAUUAGCCAUGGUGGCUGACGAAAUUAAGAAAUGGGAUCAAAUAAAAACUUUUUGUAGGUAUUCUAUCAAUUAUGAUGUACUUUUAUCUAAAUAAACGCAGAUUUAUAGCCUAUGGUCAUUCCUAAUUUGUAUUGUACAAUUCAUUAUGCCAUACUUACAAAGUAACAUGUAUUAUUAUUUUUUUUUUUUUCAUAAAAAACCUUUUUACAAUGUUUAUAAUCUCAUUUAUUUUGGGAUAUCAUCUUCCCCCAUCAAAAAAAGACGAAUCAGAUUUAUUAAUUACAAUAUUUUUUUAUGGGAAUUAAAAAAUAUAAAUACAAUAACAAUUUUACAAUAUUAAAUGUCUAUAUUUCUGAAUUCAUUUUUGUUCAACAAACGAGACUAGAAUAACAAACUAUUUUCUGGAAACUAGAUAAAAUAUUUCAUUAUUGCAUAAAAAAAAAAAAAGUUAUUUAUUUUUAGGCUAUACUUUUGAAAAUUAUGGUGAAAAUAAAUGGACAUUAUAGAAAUUAAGUACAAUUCUUAAUUUGGGAUGGAUUUUUGGUAACCCUAUACCUAUUAAUGAUAUCUGAUGUACACACAUCUCUCAUAAUCCCAUAUAUUUUUACACAACAAGAAAUGAUUCUAAGUGACGUUCAAUUAACGUGUAUUUGUAAAUUUUAAUUAAAAAUUGUAAUCAUUUUAAAUAAUUGUAAAAAAAAGAAAAUUCAACAAAUUUUGAACCAAUGCUACAUACUUUAUUCAAUUGUAACUAGAGAAAUAUUUAUUAUUAACCACAAAGUUUUUAUUUAACAAUCUUAUCACAUAAUGAAUAAAGCUUUUCCGAUGUAAUUUCAUUAUUCUUCAUUGUUUUUAAAGAGAUAAAUCUAGUUCUCCCCAAGUCAUAUUUUCAGAAUAAAUUACCUAACAAAACCUCUGUCAGUGGCGUUUCCUGGUAACUUUUUUUUUUUUAAAUUUUAUUGUAUUUACAAUAAAUAAAUAAUUUUGAUAAUAAGUAAGGUCAAUGUGGUUGUACAAUUUAAAAUAUG